AUUAUCUAUGUUUCCACAUCGCCAUGCCUCUCCUCGUAAAAAUGCCUAUAGAGCAUUUGAGAUGAAAGAACUGAGCUAGGGGCAAUUGUGAAAAACUGUACUUUUUAUCCUUAAAAAUUAAUUCAAAAACCUAAAAUGAGAAACUUUUACCUAUACUUAUUUCACUUUCUUCACGGGACAAUUUUGGAAUGGCUUGUUAAGCGAAAGACAAUAAGAUUUCACAAAUGGGAGAUUGGUGCAGUGACAAAUGGAAGUGGGACAUAAAAUGGAGAAGGGAAUUAUACAGCUGGGAAGAGCAACAAGUUGCUGAACUCUACAAAGAUAUCCAAGAUGCCCCGAUGGAAAAAGGAAAAAGUGAUCUGCGAUUAUGGACCCAUAGCAAAGAUGGGAAAUAUUCUAUAAGAUCAGCUUACAAAGUACUCACUAUGGAGCCAGACGGAGAGCAACGACACUCAAUUCUCAAAGGGACUUGGAACCCAAUUGUGCCAAGCAAGAUUGCAGCAUUCUCAUGGCAAUUAAUCCAAGAUAAGAUACCAACAAGAGGAAACUUGCUAAGAAGGGGCGUCAUUCAGGACCCUGCAGAAAGUAAAUGUGUUUUCUGCAAAGUGGAAGAGGAGGAUUCCGCCCACCUUUAUAUCCACUGCAAACUAGCAUACAACUUAUGGUCUGCAUGUAACAAGUGGUGGGGUCUCUGUACUGUACUUGAUAGAGAUUGCUGGGGAGUGUUUGAGCAACACAGCUUCUUACUCAAAAGAGAGGCGGUGAAAGAAGGCUGGGAAUGCAUUUGGUUCGCUAUGGUGUGGACAAUUUGGUUGGCUAGGAACGAGCAAAUACUCACAGGGAAAGCACAGAAGGAAGGAAGGUUAUUUGAGUUAAUCCAACUACGUGCCUUCCACUGGUUAAAAGGCAGACGGGAAGGUUGUUUUUUUUCCCUCUCCGAUUGGAUAUUAAACCCGACUGAAUGUAUGAGGGUGAACUGCAGCAAGAAAAAAAGAUGACAGAUGGCAUAAAAUUGAAGAGGUAAUACAGCAUAGGAACUCUA